AUGGCCAAGAGCAAAUAUGAAUAUGUUAGACAGUUUGAAAUUGAUGACCCGUUGCUGCAGAACUGUUGGAUUGUUGUCCGAGUUGACGGUAAAGCUUUCCAAAAGUUCACGGACGUCCACUACUACAUGAAGCCGAAUGACGAGCGAGGUCUGAAUCUCAUGACCAAGGCGGCCCAGGCUGUGAUGAGCGAUUGCCCUGACAUUGUUCUAGCAUACGGUCAGAGUGACGAGUAUAGUUUUGUCUUUCACAAGAACUGUAAACUGUACGGCAGGAGAGCCAGCAAAAUCCUGACCAGUGUAGUCAGUCUGUUCUCGUCGUCGUUUACUCUGUUUUGGCCUCACUUUUUCAACGUACAAGAACUGAAAUACCCGCCAGUGUUCGAAGCGAAGGUGGCACUGCACCCGUCAGACACCAACUUGAGGGACUACCUGAGUUGGAGGCAAGCAGACUGUCAUAUUAACAACCUAUACAACACAUGCUUGUGGAAACUUAUUCAGGAGAGAGCCCUGACUCCAGCCCAAGCUGCCGACAGACUCAAGGUAGUAAUUAUUUCUGUAUAUGGAAUACUGAGCGACAAGAAUGAACUGAAAGACAAAGAUUUGGUGCAUAAUAGCUCCAGUAAUCCUAGAAUGAAUCACUCAACACUCACAAAAGCAGAGAAAAGGUUUUCAAGCAUCAUUCUACAUACAGACAUUAUAAGCAACACAUUUUGGGAAGAUUAUCCUUACAUAUUAGGUGAUAAAGUCUUUAAAUGA